GGCAUCGGGAAUGGAAGCUGAGGGGAUAGAGAGAAACUAAGGCCGGUUACAGAGAUGCUGAGAUGAGAUAGCAGGAAGCUGGCUUCCCAAGCAACCGGCUGUAGGCUGCUUGGGUUCCCCAGGGAUCCGAGGGAAGCCGCCUAACCCCACAUGUGGCCUCAUUCUCGUGGAGCCAGGCCUUGGGCUAACGCUUUGAUAGGAAAUGACUCAGAAAUCAUGGCUCGGUGGUGCCUAUAUGGGCUUCCCAACGGCCCUACCAUAUCAUGGCGAGAACUGUGGAGACUGGGCUCCCUGCAUUAUGUACGGCCCCUCUCACCUCCAGCCCUGAGCCGCAGGGACCGUAGACACUUAAGGAGGAAGGUAAAGGCACCAUCCUGAAUCCCGUAAGGUACCGUAGGUGACUGGAGACAAGAUCCAGAGGCUUUGGAUAGCAUGGAGAUGUUGCCACCUUCAGGUUUUGUCGGGCUGGUUCCUCCCUCCCACUUCCAAGCGCGUCCUCUUUCCACUCCACCAAGACUGGCCCCGACCUGGGCUUCAGACACUCCCCUGGCCCGACCCAUGGCCGGCCACGAUGUCUUAGAGAGACGGCUAGGUGCCCAGAGGCCCACAGUGACCCUGUGGGAAGACGAUGCCUGUGGCGAAGGGCAGGGGCCAGGACGGAAAGGCAGGUCUCUGGAGCUGGGGAUCUCGGGUGCCCUGAGCCACCAGGCUGAACUGAUCUCCAGGCAGCUCCAAGAGUUGAGGCGUCUGGAGGAGGAGGUCCGAGCCCUGCGGGAAACCUCCCUGCAGCAGAAGAUGAGGUUGGAGGCUCAGGCAGUGGAGCUGGACGCCCUGGCAGUGGCAGAGAAGGCUGGCCAGGCUGAGGCGGAGGGCUUGCGCGCAGCCCUGGCCGGAGCCGAAAUGGUUCGGAAAAACCUGGAGGAGGGGGCUCAAAAGGAGCUGAAGGAAAUUCAGAGCCUGCACCAAGAGCAGCUCUCCUCCAUGGCACAGGCUCACCAGAAGGCUCUUGCCAAUUUGACCAGCAAGGCUGAGGGCUUGGAGAAGUCCCUGAACAGCCUGGAAAUGAAGCGGGCGGAGGAAGCCAAGCAGCUGGCCGCGGCCCGGAAGGACACGGAGCUCCUCAGGAGCCAGCUGAGCAAGACCCAAGAAGAGCUGGAAGCUCAGGUGACCUUGGUGGAAAGUCUGAGGAAGUAUGUGGGGGAACAAGUCCCUCCCGAGGUUCACAGCCAGGCAUGGGAGCUGGAACGAAAGGAGCUCCUAGACACGGUGCAGCACUUGAGGGAGGACCGGGCUGACCUUCAGGCCACCGUGGACUUACUGCAGAUACGAGUGCAGAGCCUCACGCACAUGCUCGCCCUCCAGGAAGAGGAGCUGACCAGGAAGAUCCAGCCUUCAGACGCCCUGGAGCCUAAGUUCCCUAAGAAGUACCGGUCGCUGCUGCGCUGCUGGCGGGAGAAGGUGUUUGUCCUCAUGGUGCAGCUCAGGGCCCAGGACCUGGAGCACAGGCACUCCAUGCAGCAGCUGCAGGACCAGGUAGCAGAGCUCCAGGAACAAGUGGCCGCCCAAAGCCGGGAGCAAGCCAUCUUGCAGCGUGCCCUACAAGACAAAGCUGCGGAGGUGGAGGUGGAGCGGAUGAACGCCAAGACCCUGCAGGUGGAGCUGAGUCGGGCUCAGGAGGCCGGGCAGCGGCAGAAGCAGCAGACCGCCUCUGCUGAGGAGCAGCUCAAGGCCGUGGUCGCUGCUGUAAACAGCACUCAGGCCGACCUCCAUAACAUGAUGACCAGGGUGGACCAGGCCGUAGCCCGGAUUCCCAGCCUCAGCAACCGGCUCAGCUAUGCUGUCCGGAAGGUCCACACCAUUAAGGGUUUGAUGGCUCGAAAACUGGCCCUUUCUCAGCUGCGCCUGGAGAGCUUGUCCCCAGUCCCACCUGCACCCCAACCGGAUGCAAACCUGAGCCUUGAGUUGGAACAGCUACGGGAAGAACGGAACCGCCUGGACGCCGAGCUGCAGCUGAGCGCCCACCUCAUCCAGCAGGAGGUGGGCCGGGCGCGGGAGCAAGGGGAGGCAGAGCGCAGGCAGCUGAAUGAGGUGGUCCAGCAGCUGGAGCAGGAGCUGCAGCGUGCCCAGGAGUCCCUGGCCAGCGUGGGGCAGCAGCUGGAGGUGGCCCGACAGGGCCAGCAGGAGAGCACGGAGGAAGCUGCCAGCCUCCGGCGGGAGCUGACGCAGCAGCAGGAGAUCUAUGGGCAAGCUCUGCAAGAGAAGGUGGCGGAGGUGGAAACUCGGCUGCGGGAACAGCUCUCAGACACAAAGAGGAGGCUGAAUGAGGCCCGGAGGGAGCAGGCCAAGGCCGUGGUUUCCUUGCGCCAGAUCCAGCACAAGGCCACUCGGGAAAAGGAGCGCAACCAGGAGCUCCGGCGCCUGCAGGACGAGGCCCGGAAGGAGGAGAGCCAGCGGCUCGCUCAGCGCCUGCAGGAGCUGGAGCGCGACAAGAACCUUAUGCUGGCCACCUUGAAGCAGGAGGGUCUCCUCUCCCGUUACAAGCAGCAGCGUAUGCUGGCCGUGCUUCCCUCGAGAACGCAGAGGAAGCCCGCGGGGUGCAGCCCCCAGCCCGCCAAGUCCCCAGAGCUGGAGUCUUCAGCAGCCGAAACAUCCGAGGAGUGUAUAAAAGCGUCCUGUGUGUCAGGCUCAUCAGGGUCGCUGGCUGUCCUUUUCGAAAACCUGCACGGCCUGAGCGAGGCCAUUUCCAGAGAGGAUGCUCUUUGUCAGGAAGAUGACGUGGCCGCUCAGAGCCCUUCUCCUCCGGACCAUUGCUGAGCGGGGCCUGAAUCCCCGCCUGGACCCGGACUCCUCAGGAGGGCUGGAGUGGGAGGACACAGGGCAGGGGCCAGCCUGUCCCUGUUGCCCAGCAAGCCUUGGGACCCAGCUUCCACCACGUCUGAAUUCCACAAUAAAGAUGGCUGUGGUGGGCACCUUGCUUGGAGACGUC